AUGCCUGAAUCGAAGUUGAAGAAACGUACUAAAUCAGAUGACGAUGAUAACGAUGGCGGUAUCGAUCCAAAGACAAUUGCCAGACGAAAGCAAGAAGCUGAAGAGAAGAAGAAGAAAAGAAAUGAAUUGAAAAAGAAGAAACAGACUGCUCUAAUCGAUGAUCCUGUCGAUGAAGAUGAAGAUGGUGGAAUAGUGAAUAAGAAAAGCAAAGUCAAACCAACUAAAACUAAGAAGAAGUCUUCAAUGCCACUGUGUGUUCGGCAUCAUGAUGAUGAGAAUGAAGAUGAUGAUGGUGGUGUAUAUAAACAAAAGUUAGAUGCAGCUGAGAAGAAAAAACAAGCAGUGAAAGAAAAAACGAAAAAGAAGGAACAAGAAAAAGCGAUUAAAAACAAAGUGAACAAUGAUCAUGAUGGAGAUGGCGUAUCGGAUAGUGAAAUAAAUAAACUCAAGAAAAUCAUCCGAAAAGAAAAAACGAUCGAAAUCGACGACGAAGACGAAGACGGUGGUCGUAUUGUUAAAACUUAUGAUACAGUUAAAACGAUCAUGUCAUCGAAACGACCUGUUCUACACACUGAAGCAUCAAUACGAAAAGCAUCAGAGGCCGAUAUCGAUGAUGGAAAUAUGAAAUCACUGAAAGAUGAAAAGAAUAUAACGGCAAUUACAUAUGAUACCAUAAGUAAAUUACUUAUAAAACCAUCGAUCCGUUUGAGUGACAGGCAACUUAAAGAAUCCAUCGGUGAAUUCCACUUUGAACCGGUAUCAGACGAUGAAGAUGAGUCUGAACGAUCAGUCACAGUUAACUCUUCAUCAACGAGCUCUGGAAUUACCGAUGAAAACCGUAUCCAUCUUUUACGAUCUUCAUCGUACCGUAAAGCUAUGGAUGCCUCGCCGCCAACUGUCAAACAACGAUCGAAGGUUUUUGCUUCUUCAAUAAACAAACAAGAGAACGGUUCAGAUCAACUAUCGCAUAACGAUGCAGCAGAUGCCGUCGCGGAACAAACUCAAUCUUGA